UGAUUUUAAUUCUCUGCUUUAGGAUUUUACUGAUGUUGAGGUGAAUGAAUUUCUUAGCAUUUAUGAAGAGAUACAGAAAGAAAUAAUAGAAGAAAAGAUGUUGUUGGAGAAAGAGUAUGCUCAAAAUGAAGAACUACGAUCUUUGGAAUCUGCAGUUAACUGGUUGGAAAAAGAGGAAGUUAUUUGCCCAAUUUGCAAAAAAUGUCCCUUACAUCAAUUGCAUUCAGUGAUUUUUUGCCAGUGUGGGCUGGAAAUAGAUACUAAACAAGAUGGACUCACACUCCUAAACCUGAAAGAAGAACUUUAUAGAGGACUAGAAACUCAUGAUAAAUCAUGCUCUGUUAUUCCUACAUUUUUACUUCUGCAAUAUUGUGAUGUCAAGAACCUUACAAUUACGUGUGAGGUGUGUAAUUUUAUGUAUAUAGUCAUUUGAUGGACAAAUGUGCUCGAUUUAAGGUGCAAAUUAAAUAUUAGUUUGAUAUUUUUCUUUGAUGUAUAUUUUAUAUUUUAAUAUUACUUUGCUUUAAUUUGUCUUUUUUGAAAGCAAGUAAUAUUAUUUGAUAUGUAAAUGUAAAGAUUGCUACUGCCAAACAUUCAUUGUGAUUUUUUAAACAAUUACACUGCAAGAAAAUAUGCAUUUUACUGUUGUUCUUUAAUGUAUUUCAAGGAUAUAUGAUUCAGAAUACAUAGUUAAACAUUCCCCUUGAGUAGUGGCAUAACCAUCUUUAUCUGGUCAUGAAAUUUUUUUGUCUCUUGGUAUAUAUUAGUGUAUAAUUUAAAAUAUUUUGUUUUCUUACUCUACUUAAUGACUUAAAUAUCAUGUUAAUGAAUGGAAAUUUAUGAAAAUGUAGACUAAAAUAAGUAAUUAUACAAAUUUAGCUACUAAAUGCUGUUUUAGUUUAAGUCUUCAUGAGCAGAUCCAAAAACCUGUGACACUCAGAUGGUUGAAUAAUGCAAAUUUAAACAGCAUGUAUCUGUUAAUAUGCAGAUGUUCAAUAAAUAUAUUGGAAAUUAUUUUGGAAAUUUGGAGACAAUAACUUGGUUAUAAAUGAAUGUAGAUAGUAGUGCAUUUAUCAUUUUCUGUUGUAGAAUAAAUACUAGCCUCUAAUUUCAAGAUUCGCCCGACUGUUAUUGUGUAAACAUUUGCAGAUAUCACAUGGUGCCAUUCAUAGUGAUAGAAAUUCAAAGCAAUAUAAGAUAAAUCACAUUUGUAAAAUUAAUUGUAGUAUAUUCUGCACUAUUAUAAUUCUAUUCUGGUGCUUCACUUACAUUGCUGCUACUGCAGUGAACCUGAGUGUUGUAUCUAUCUAAAAACUCAUCAUCUCAUUGUGAACAACUUCAUGGAUCUAUAAGUAAAAUAUGGAUUCUCUCCAUGAAUCCAGCAAGUGGAAUAUUACACAAAAAUGUGAUCUUUUGUGGUACCAAUGAAGCUAAGUGCAGUAUUUGCAAGCCUUAAAUAACAUGUCCCAUAUGAAGUGCCACCUGUUUUGAUAGAAUUGUGCCCAAGAAAAGAAAAGUAAUAUAUAAAAAGAAAGUUGAAUAGCUGGCUGGAUAUGCAUUGCAGAUUUUUUAUUACAUAUAUGUUUCCAUUACUGUAUUAUGAAUAUGAUUGUAAUGCUGUAUGCCAGAAAAUUAUAUGUAUUUUAUUCAUUAGAGCAUAUAUUUGGUAAGUAAUACUAUCUAUUACAAUUAUCAUAAAGCAACAAUACUGCCAGUGCUUUGUUACUAAUUCACAAACCUUUGUAAAUAAAAAAAAUUAUAUGUUAACUUUUAAUUUUUUAUUGCUAAUGUUAGUCAUGUGUAUAGUAUCUACUGUAUUUUGUAUCGUAGUGUAAUAGAUAUUAAAAAUUAUUCAUCUUAUAAGCAAACAUUGUAAACUUAUGAUAUCAAUAAACACAGUAUGCUAUUAUA